GUCAGCAGAGGGGAGGAAGGAGGAAAAGGAUGUGGGUCUUUGGUAUUGGCUCGCUCUCUCGCUCUUAACCUCUCCUCUCCCUUUUUGCUCUCCACUCUCUCCUCUCUCUUACCCUCUUCUGCCUCACAGUCCUUUGCAGCUUUCUUCCUGUUCUCUAAGGGAGGUUCUUCUUUCUCCUCCUGGUGCCUACUUUAAAACACAACGGGGAUGAACGGACAGCCUGUAACUCUCAGUUGGUAGUUAUCUAACCCAAGGGAGGAGGGGAGGACUGAGGGGAGAGAAGGGAAAGGGCAGAGCAGGCCUGGGCCUGAGCUGUUGUUCCUUUCUGGUUCAUGGGUCGGGCCCUCUUGACAGUGUUUUGUGUUGUGAGUGGAAUGCAUUUUGCAUGUGGCACGGGUAGUGUGGCAGGAGCUAAAAGAUGGGUUUGCCUUGGACUUUGCUAAGGAUUAACAUUGCAAUCUUGGUCAGUGCCUGUGCUCUGGCACUUCAGUGCCUUUCCUUCCAGUGGUUUCUAAGGAUCAGCUAUGGUGGUAGAUGGGGAAAGGGCUGCGUGACCCCCAAAACAAAGCCAUCAACGUGCAGCAAACAUUGGUGCUGCUUGGACUCCUGCUACAUAGAGGGGUGGCCAGGCAGCCCUCACUCACCUUCACCGUCCCUCUCACCGGUUUGGGGCGAGGGGCUGCUAAGACAGAGUAAAGAUGGAAACCUUAGUGUAUGGGUAUGCUUUUAGCCAGGCAGAGGCUUAGGGUGACAAAGUGCCCAAUCCAGAGCCUGUCCCACAGCAGACACAGGGGAAUUGCUGUCUUUAUUUGUUUCAAGCCACAUCUGGAAUGAGUCACUGCUACUUGUCAAGGUGAAAUGGCAAAUUUGGGUUUCUGGCGGUGACAAAUGCCUGUGACUGGAAAUCCCUAAGUGAGCCAGCGGUCAGAGCUGGUUAAAGGACAGCCAGGUAUUCCGGAGGUGUUUUGGAAUCUCUUCUAUGACGAGGAGAGGAGACAGUUUAUAAAUAAAGCUCCCAUGUGUCUGCAGCAUUUUGUUCUCGGAGGAGACAGUCAUUCACUUUUCAAUAGGACCGAUUCAGUGUGUCUCGAAUGGCCUGGAAGGCAGUCGCUUGGGCUGGGUGCCUCUCUCCCUGUGGUGAGUUAGGGCUGGGUGAGAGGAGAUUGCUCCUUUUGUCCUUUUCUGUCCUUUCCCUUUCCCCAUUACCUUCACCUUGGCACCCACUCACUCACAUGCCUACACUAACCUUGAAGCUGACGAGCUUGAGUGACUGGCACUUGAGACCACAGAGAAAUGUCAAAGUGUUUGGUUACAGACUCAAGGAAACCGCUCAUUUUAGAGUGCUCAUUUGGUUUUAAGCAAAAUUUGGGACUGUGAAUCAAGGCAGCGGGGAAGGUGAAGACAAAAUGGCCUCCGCGGCAGACAGCUGCAUUCAGUUCACCCGCCAUGCCAGCGACGUACUUCUCAACCUUAACCGCCUCCGGAGUCGAGACAUUUUGACGGAUGUUGUCAUCGUGGUGAGCCGUGAGCAGUUCAGAGCCCAUAAGACAGUCCUCAUGGCUUGCAGUGGCCUGUUCUACAGCAUCUUCACAGACCAGCUGAAGUGCAACCUUAGUGUGAUCAAUCUGGACCCUGAGAUCAACCCUGAGGGGUUCUGCAUCCUCUUGGACUUCAUGUACACAUCUCGGCUCAAUCUGCGGGAGGGCAACAUCAUGGCUGUCAUGGCCACGGCUAUGUAUCUGCAGAUGGAGCAUGUCGUUGACACUUGCCGGAAGUUUAUCAAGGCCAGUGAAGCAGAGAUGGUUCCUGCCAUGAAGCCUCCCCGGGACGAUUUCCUGGGUGGCCGGAUGCUCAUGCCCCAAGACAUCAUGGCCUACCGUGGUCGGGAGGUAGUGGAGAACAGCCUGCCGCUGAGGAGUGCCCCGGGGUGUGAGAGCAGAAGCUUUGCCUCCAGCCUGUACAGUGGCCUGUCUACCCCACCAGCCUCCUAUCCCGUGUACAGCCACCUCCCAGUCAACAGCUUCCUCUUCUCCGACGAGGAGUUGCGGGAUGCCCGGAUGCCCAUGGCCAACCCCUUCCCCAAGGAGCGCAGCCUUCCCUGCGACAGUGUCAGGUCAAUGCCCAGUGAACACAGGCCGCCCAUGGAGGUGUCCCCCAGUAUGUGCUACAGCAGCAUCUACUCGCCUAAGGAGGCCGCCCCCGAGGAGACGCGGGGUGAUAUGCACUACAGCGUGGCUGAGGGGCCCAAGCCUGCCGCCCCCUCGGCCCGGAACCCCUCCUACUGCCCCUGUGACAAGUCCGGCAAGGAGGAAGAAAGGCCCUCCUCAGAGGAUGAGAUUGCCCUGCAUUUCGAGCCCCCCAAUGCACCCCUGAACCGGAAGGGUCUGGUUAGUCCACAGAGCCCACAAAAGUCCGACUGCCAGCCCAACUCACCCACGGAGUCCUGCAGCAGCAAGAAUGCCUGCAUCCUUCAGACCUCGGGCUCCCCCGCAGCCAAGAGCCCCACCGACCCCAAAGCCUGCAACUGGAAGAAGUACAAGUUCAUCGUGCUCAAUAGCCUGAACCAGAACGCCAAGCCCGAGGGUCCUGAGCAGGGGGAGCUGGGCCGCCUCUCCCCUCGAACCUACACUGCGCCCCCUGCCUGCCAGCCACCCAUGGAGCCCGACAACCUUGACCUCCAAUCCCCAACCAAGCUCAGCGGGGAGGACUCCACCAUCCCACAGGCCAGCCGGCUCAAUAACAUCGUCAACAGGUCCCUGACAGGCUCCCCUCGCAGCAGCAGUGAGAGCCACUCACCACUCUACUUGCACCCUCCCAAGUGCACCUCCUGCGGCUCGCAGUCUCCUCAGCAUGCAGAGCUGUGUCUCCACACGCCAGGGACCGCCUUCCCCGAGGAGAUGGGAGAGACCCAGUCUGAGUACUCGGAUUCCAGCUGUGAGAAUGGGGCCUUCUUCUGCAAUGAGUGUGACUGCCGAUUCUCUGAGGAGGCCUCGCUCAAGAGGCACACCCUGCAGACGCACAGUGACAAACCCUACAAGUGUGACCGCUGCCAGGCCUCCUUCCGCUACAAGGGCAACCUCGCCAGCCACAAGACCGUCCACACGGGUGAGAAACCCUAUCGUUGCAACAUCUGCGGGGCCCAGUUCAACCGGCCAGCCAAUCUGAAAACCCACACUCGAAUUCACUCUGGAGAGAAGCCCUACAAAUGCGAAACCUGCGGAGCCAGAUUUGUCCAGGUGGCCCACCUCCGUGCCCACGUGCUCAUCCACACUGGCGAGAAGCCCUACCCCUGUGAAAUCUGUGGCACGCGUUUCCGGCACCUCCAGACCCUGAAGAGCCACCUACGAAUUCACACGGGCGAGAAGCCGUACCACUGCGAGAAGUGUAACCUGCACUUCCGUCACAAAAGCCAGCUGCGUCUGCACCUGCGCCAGAAGCACGGCGCCAUCACCAACACCAAGGUGCAGUACCGCGUGUCUGCCACCGACCUGCCUCCCGAGCUCCCCAAAGCCUGCUGAAGCCUGCCGUGUGGAUGCGUCCCUCCUGAGCCUUCUCAGGACCUCCCAAAGGAUACUGUAACACUUUACGAUGUCCAUCCCAUGACGUAGUGCCUCUUUCAUCCACUAGAGCAAAUCAUAGCUGGGGGGAGAGGGAGG